AAAUUUGCACAGGAAAAGAGAGAGCGCACAUGCAGUAAGCAGAGAGAGGCACAGCGCACAGGCAGUGUCUUCUUCUUCCCCCAAAUAUCUCUUCCACCUUUCCCCAUGCUUAUCAUGUGCUCUUUCACUUUCACUUUCCAACACUAAACCCAUCUCUAGUCUCUACUCUCUACUCUCUACUCUCUACUCUCUACCCCAAACCAUGUUCCCCUGCGACUACUGCCACUCCAGACCCGCCCUUCUCUUCUGCAAGCCCGACGCCGCCAAACUCUGCUUGCCAUGCGACCACCACGUCCACGCCGCCAACGCCCUCUCCCUCAAGCACGUGCGCUACCCCAUUUCCGACACGUGCCACCCCCACUGCCCCCACGCCCUCUCCGGCUCCCCCUCCGUCUCCCAGAUCGCCUCCGCGCUCCGCCUCCUCUCCCACGCUAAGGACGAGCUCUACCGCCAGCUCGCCGAAAUCGCGCGCCCGAGGAACGAGACUCCUCAAUUGGAGCUCCACUCUCAAAACGACGCCGUUCACGACGCCCCGCUGCACCACCACUGCACGCCCUUCACGCCCUUCCUCAUGUUGCCCAAUUCCGAAUCGGACCCUCACGCCGCCAAGAGUAGCGAUGACGGUUACGGAACCGAAGCUGGGGAUCUUCUCUGGAAUUAUAACCCCGCGUAUCAGCCUCCUCAGGUGUGGGAUUUUCAAUUGCAGGAAUCAAGAGAUUGUGGCGAGCCGGGAGUGGUGACAUUUGAUGGUCUUGAAGUUCCAAAGGCAUUUCAGGACGUGCACAAUAUGAAUUACUCGACAAUUGGCGAUGAUCUUCUAUCAAGAAAUAAUCAAUCGGAUCAAUCAUCAUCAAGCCAUGAAAAGAAGAAAGAAGAAAGCAAGAGAGCUAAAGGUGGGUUAUCAUCGGAGUCCAAAUUGUUUGAAUCCAUACCGUACAGUGGCACCAACAAUGUUGUAGCCAUGGAGCAUCUUGUCGGUGGGAAUGAAUGUUUCAGCACCUUAAAAGCCAGGGUUAGUUUGGAAGAGUUGGCUAAGAAUAGAGGGGAUGCCAUGUUGCGCUAUAAGGAGAAGAAGAAAACUCGAAGGUAUGAUAAGAAAAUUCGCUAUGAAUCAAGGAAGGCCAGGGCUGAUACUAGAAAGAGAGUGAGAGGGAGAUUUGUGAAGGCAAGUGAUGUUCAAGCAUGAUGAGUGCCUUUUUAGAAAUCUCAUCCGAGUUCAAUGCCCUUGUGUGUGUACAUAAGUUACACUAUCGGAGAAAUAUGGAUAUAUUCUAGUUUUCGUAAACUCCCUGAGCAUUGAUUGGUUGAUUGAUUUUAAUCUUUUUUGGUAGAUUUUAUUUGAAUUUUUAUUUGUCUCACUGUAUGGGAAUUGGAAAUAGAUUGUUUCGUGCGAGAUUGUCACAUAAGAGUAGGGUCAUAUAUAAGAGAGAUACCGACAUUAAAUUGGUGAAAUCCU